AUGAGCGAAUACGGGAUGCGCGGUGUCCGAGAGGAGGACGAUGAUGAGGAUUACCGUCCGGAACGCAGCAGAGACAGAAGCAGCAGCGGUGGUGGUGGCGGUGGCCACGGUAAAGAGAAACUCCAACGGCUCGACAGCAUUCAAGAUCCGGGCAAGAGAUACUCACUGAGAGAUUGCAUCGGGAGCGGAGUCUGCGGCGACGUGUACGAAGCCGUCGACGAGGAAGCGGGUCGGAAAGUUGCCAUAAAAAUCCAAACAUUGACACCGGAAACACAGCCGCUAAUUGUUGAAGAAUAUCGAGUCUUACGAGACUUCUCUUCCCACCCGAAUUUACCGGAUUUCUAUGGAGUCUAUAGAAGACGCUCUGGCAAGAAAACGGACUACGAUCAAAUUUGGUUUGUGAUAGAGUUGUGCGAGGGUGGCCCCGUCGUCAGUCUCGUCCAAGGCUUACGAAUAACCGACAAGAGAAUAAGAGAGGAGCACAUUGCCUACAUAUUGAGGGAGACCAUUAAGGCGGUUAUGCACCUUCAUGAGAACAACGUGCUGCACCGUGACAUCCGCGCGAGCAACAUAAUGCUGACGAAGGAGGGCGAGGUGAGGCUAGUGGACUUUGGCCUCGCGCGCAUUAUCAAGGGCGAGGCCGGCAGACGGCAGACGUGCAUCGGCUCGCCGAAUUGGAUGGCCCCGGAGGUGGUGACGAGCAAGAGCGAGCACGGUCCUGGUUACGGGAGCCGAGCCGACGUCUGGGCGAUCGGCAUCACCGCGAUCGAGCUCGCCGACGGCAAGCCGCCCUUCGAGGACAUGCAUCCCACCCGGGCCCUCUUCCAGAUCGUGCGCAACCCACCGCCGACCCUUUAUCGGCCCGCCAACUGGUCGCAAAACUUAAACGACUUCAUUGCCGAGUGCUUGGAAAAAAAUCCAGAUAAUCGUCCUUGCAUUGCGGAAAUCGUGGAGCAUCCGUUUCUCUCGGAGCUACCAGAGAACGACUAUCCGCUGACGCAGGAGAUAAAGUCGCUGGUACUGAGCACGAGCGAGAAGGGCAAGAAGCUGAAGAAGCCAGAGUUUAUCGUGAGAAAGGGCUACCUGAAGAGCCAUCAGACUCAGCCGCCCGAGCGAAUGCACCAGGAGGAUCUGGCGGCCUUGGAGGUGCUGACGGAGGACCGCAUACUCGACGAACUGCAGGAACGACUACGAACCGGCUCCUUUCACACGUUCGUCGGCGACGUACUUCUCAUACUGAAUCCGAACGAGGAUCAGGACAUUUACGGGCCAUGCUACCAUGCCAAGUAUCAGAACAAAUCUCGCUCGGAUAAUUCGCCUCAUAUAUACUCGAUCGCCGACAGCGCCUACCAGAAUGUCCUCCAUCACGAGGAACCGCAGCACAUUUUAUUCGCCGGCGAGAGCAACUCCGGCAAAACCACAAACAUGAUGCACCUCAUGGAGCAUCUCAUGUACCUCGGAAAGAGUUUAAAAGACAUUGGGGCAAGAGUUAUAAAGGCCAUGGAUCUGUUACACUCGUUUACCAAUGCAGCCACACCAUUGAAUAUAAAUUCGACGAGGUGCGUUAAUCAAAUUCAAACGACCUAUGGAUCUUCCGGUAAGGCAUCGGGUGCCAUAUUUUGGGUUUAUCAGUUGGAAAAGUUCCGUGUCUCUACAAGAGAUAGAAACCAGUCGAAUUUCCACAUCUUCUAUUACUUUUACGAUGGCUUGGAGGCAGCGGGAAAUCUGCGUCAAUAUUUACUUCCGCAGGGCCGACGGAUGCGCUACCUGCGCGUCUACGAAUCCGAAUCGAUAUCCGGGCGGAAGCGCUCGUUCAAGGUACGCAACGACCCGUACGGGAACGCCCGCAAGUUCGAGCACGUCAAGGAGUGCCUCAAAGCCCUCGAGCUCGAGGAGCACUGCGAGACGAUAUGGCGGACGCUCGCCGCGAUCCUCAACCUCGGUGACGUGAGGUUCAUCGAGGGCAAUGGUGGCGAGGCCGAGGUCCACAACAUCGAGACGGCCAAGUCCGUCGCCGAGCUCCUCAACGUCGAUCUGAAAAAGUUCACCUGGUCGCUUUGCAACUAUUGCGUAAUUAAGAAGGGAACGGCGGUGAGGCGGCGAAAUAACUGCGACGAGGCCAAAGAAGCCCGCGACGUGCUCGCUAACACAAUUUAUCAGCGACUGGUCGAUUGGAUUGUCAAUCAAAUUAAUGAGAAAUUCAGCGUCUCGCGCACCUUGUUUGGAGACAAAUUCCUUAUCAAUAUCUUGGAUUUGUUUGGAUUCGAGUGCUUUUCAAAGAAUAAGCUCGAGCAACUCGUCGUUAACACUAUGAACGAGCAACUGCAGUGCCAUUAUAAUCAACGUAUAUUCGUUUGGGAAAUGCAAGAGCAAGAGGAAGAGGAGAUACCGAUCGAGCGCUUUCAUUUCUACGACAAUAAACAAGCGGUCGAUCAGCUGAUGGCCAAAGACGACGGGCUGUUCUUCAUCCUGGACGAGGCGGCCCGACAACUCCAGGAUACCGCCUACAUAUUCGAUCGCGUGAGCAAUCGCAAGGCCGAUAGCACCCACGUGAACAUCCAGAGCGAGCACGAGUUCGCGGUCGCCCACUACACGGGCAAACUCUUGUACGACGCGAACGAAAUUGCGGAGAAGACCCGGGACUUUGUGCCGCCGGAGAUGAUCGAGACGCUGCGACUGUCGAGCCAAGCGACCGUCAGCGAGCUCUUCACUAACAAGCUGACCAAGGGCGGCGCCCUUACCAUCCUCUCGCGGGACAGCCCCAAAGAUAAGAACAAGCAGCAGCAGCAGAACAGGAGGACGGCAAAGAGCAAAUGGGGGGCCGCGCUUCUUCAAUCCGAGCAGACCACCAAUUUGCGGAAAUACAACACCGCCUCCCGAGGACAGUACUCGCAGACACGAAAGAUACGUACGUACGCGGCGACUUUCCGCGCCUCGAGCCUCGAGAUCCUGAAGAAUCUGUCGGUGGGCGCCGCCGGUGGGGGCACACACUUCGUCAGGUGCAUCCGGUCGGACUUGGAGGGCACGCCCCGCGGCUUCUACAGGGAGGUAGUAAGACAACAGAUCCGCGCGCUGGCCGUCUUAGAUACCGCCAGAGCCAGGCAGAAGGGCUAUCCCUGCAGGAUAUCCUUCCAGGAAUUCUUGCGACGAUACAAAUUCCUCGCCUUCGACUUUGAUGAGAAUGUCGAAAUGACGCAGGAUAAUUGCCGGCUAUUGAUGAUUAGAUUAAAAAUGGAGGGAUGGCUCAUCGGAAGGACCAAAGUCUUCCUUAGAUAUUACAACGAAGAGUACUUGUCGCGUCUGUACGAGACGCAGGUGAAGAAAAUCAUCAAGGUGCAGUGUAUGCUCCGCGCGUUCUUAGCGCGUAAAACGGUCGCAAUGAAGUCGACGAAAAACAAAUUCGGACAGGACAAGGAAGCUGUGAAGAAAGUACCGACGAAACCAGAUUCAAGCCAAAGACCCAAGUCGGAGAAGUCGAGCACGAGUACGGAGAUAAUGCAGGACAUGUCUCAAGAAGAAGCAGCUCUAGUUCUACAAAAAGCGUACAGAGGUCAUCAAGUCCGGAAAGAAACCGGAACCCUUCUGUCGAAGGAUCCGAAUUGGGAUCAGAAUACGAUGGACAUGAUGAGAUUUUAUUGCAGCAAGUGGAGAUCAAAGACUAUAUUCCAAGUCCUCCUACACUACCGUGCAGCCCGUUAUCAAGAUCUGGUCCAAUUUUGCCAGCAAGUCCAUCUAUACAAUCAGGCGACAGUGGGGGCUCUGCAGAUGAGCAAUGAGCGAGUGCCCCUAGAAAGGAUCGAUCCACACGAGAACCCCGACGCCUUCCUCGGUCCUGCCCCACUAUUAACUGUUCACAAGCUCCCCUUCAAUUUUCAUACCGAGCUACCAUUUUACGACACCAGUCAUAUGCACGAUCCAUCCAAAGCACGUAGGAGACAAGGAUCCAUAACGUCUUCGGUGUCAGAUGACGAGCAAGAAAAUUGGGAUGAGCCAUUGCGGAGACAAACCAUUUGGGGAAACAUCAGACGGAACAAGAAAGAUGUCCAAUGCCAAACGACCAACUCCCCCCAUCGCGCUAUAAACACAGCGAGCGCCGGGGAUCAAAGUCUUAUCAACACUCCAUUUUCCAGGGACCCCAGUGUCCCAGUCCGAUGCCCUCCGGCAGAAGUCCAAGCCCAAGCCCAAGCCCAAGCCCAGUCCAGAGCCAUUUCCAGUUUUCAGCCACCAAUCGACGGCCGUAACCCCGUACAACCAGCUAACGCUCAUACUUCUCGCUCAAAUAAUUAUAAUAAAGUUGGACACACCGGCUCUAGAAAGAAAGUACCACCGCCUCCAAUCCCAGUAAAUAAAGUGCAAUUACAACCGACUCAGACUCGAAAUUAUAGCAACUACAAUAGUACAGCUAGAAAUAAAAAUGAGACAAAUGAUAAUUGGGCCACGGAAGAUAGGAUUAACAGUAACACUUUUAAUUACCAACGCGUCAACCCAAUUCAUGAACUACGAAUGAUUGGACAACAGAAUAACAAUGACGACACCGGAGAUGAACCUCCCUUUAAUUUUCAAGCGAUGCUGCGUAAGACGACACACCAGCGUAAUUCGAUGAAACGCACUCCAGUGUUCGACGCUUAUGGCUCGUCCGAGUCCUCGGGCUUCCACUCGGCUCGCAAGGCCACGCCCGAGUCGAAUGUCGUGUACAGCAGCAACGGCAACAAAUCCGUGUCACCCGAAUGGAGUCCAAAUGAGAUGGUACGAAUGUCUGAGAAGUACGGCCGGGAAAGAGCCUGGAGCGACGGUAAUGAGACCGUGGCUGUAGCAAGCGUCACCACGUUACUCGCUCCCGGAAUCACCGUCGAGGGCUACGUCGCUGACCUCUAAGAACCUUUGUCCAAAUAACACACGUGCUAACGCUCACUCGCGCAUUAUCAUCGCACCAUACCACACCAUAC